AUGGGAAAUUAAUAGGGUAGCGUUACUCAUAAGCUUCAGAACAUGGCUCAGAUCACAGGAAGCCAGAUUUCCUAGGACUUUCAAGCCAAGACUGCUGAAAUCAGACAAAAAAUUAUGAAUAGUGCGGUUGGUGGAAAUAAUAGCCAAAAGAAAAAAUUAGCAGCAAGUUAAGCAAAUAAAAAAGCACAGCUUAGCUCUGGACAAAAAAACAUUUAUCAAGGUAUAAAGAUCGAAAAUGAUCCCCUCGAAAGGGAGAUAUAUGUCAAAUGUCCAGCUUGUUCACAUAAAGUGUUUGACGCAGGACUAGAAAAUGCAUUAAUUUCUGAGUAAUAACUAAGAACUCUUAUUCAAAGAUAGAACAUGGAUCAAGAACCAGAUGAAUUAGACGACGAAGAUGAUAUGCAAGCUGAUGAGGAAGAUAAUCAAGAUGAUGAUCAAAAUGAUAAGGAAGAUGACUGCGAAAGAGAUGAUAGUACCGGAGAUUUGAAGGAGGAGAAUCCAUUUGGAUCUUAGAAAAUGCUAAAAAGUUCAAAUAGUAAAAAGCAUUACUCAUAACAUAAAAUAGAAAUGUAGCCAACUGAUUGGAAUUAGGAAGAAGAGAAAAAGGAUUUUAUGAGGGCGAUAGGUUAAAAUAAUCAAGGGAGGAGCUCGGAUCUCAUGAUUUCCGCUAAAAAUUUUUAAACUCCAAACAGAAAGUCAGAAAUAUUGAAUAGUAUUAUUCAAUCGGUUUAAACUAUGUUAGGAGUCACACCUUAGUAAAACUAAACAGCUGUGUAAAAUGCAAACAGCAAUUCAAGCAAUAAGCAGAAUAAUAGGUCAUAGAGACAUUCACUUACUGGUGUUCAGUAAUCUGAUAGCUCAUCUAAGUACGUUAAUGAGUUAGAAGAUGUAGUUCUAUUUUGCAACAAAGACUCAAUUAUAUCAGAUUUCAAAGAUAAUUCUACUUAGGGUGUUAACUUGAGUCUCAUUUAAAACUAGCUACUAAUGCCUUUCUUCUAGAUCAGAGCUAGAAUAUUAGAAAAGGGCAGCUAUUUCAAAAUAGGUGACAUUGAGUUCUAUGUCGCCGCAUGUGAACCUUACGAAUUUGGUAAAGUUACUUCAAAAUCAAUCAUUAGAUGCACUUAUGCUGUAUCUAAGACCGAAGUCAUGAAAAGAAUAAAUCUUGUUCCUCUGAGAAGACUUGAUAACUCUAGAACAGCAAUACUAGAUACUACUAUUAAGCCAAUAUUGCAAGCUAAUCCAGAAUUUUAUGUCCAUAAAAAUCAGAUUCUAGAAUUCGAAGAUUAUGAGUUUUAUGUUAAGUACUCAAGACCCUUCUUUGGAAGAAUUGAUCAUACUACAACAGAAAUAAAGAUUGACUCAUCAACACCUAAAGCUGUUUAAGUAAUGAGAAUAGCACCAAUUUGGGAAGAUGACUCAAAGCAUGAGCAAGCAAAUUCCCACAAAGAGCAAACUUUUGAAUACUUAAAAUUAAACUAUCUCAAUCCAUAUUUCUACUGUGGCUUUAUGUGUUACGUUGAAAAAGGAGAAACUAUCUUGAUUGAUAAUCAAGAAUUCUUUGUAAAUGAUUGCAGACCUAAAUGCGGUAUCAUUGAUAAAUAGACUAUUAUUGAAAUGGAAGUAGGCUUUACUAGGGAAGUGUUUAAGAAGAAGUAGGUAUUGGCUGAUUAGAGAUUUGCUGAGAAAAUCUAAAACAGAGAUGGCCUAACUCAGAGUGCACAUUUGAGGAUGAGACCGGCCGCAGCAGGUGCGCAGAGAACAGAAGAAGCCGAUGGUUUAGAAGAGAUGCUAGGAUUUUCAGCUAAUACUAGUGCAGCACAUGUUUUGAACUAAAAUUUAAUGGAAAUCUAUGGACAGAUGAGAAGACAUACCUCAAUGAUGGGUGAUUAGAAUGCUAAUUAAAAUACUAGUGAUAAUCCAUUUGGUGAAGAGGACCCCUAAUCUGAAACGACAGAAAAUAGCAGGAGAGCUAGUUCAAGCAAUCAAAAUUCCUCAAACAACUCAUCUAACAAUGCAAGAAGGUAAAUAAUGGAUUAGAUAUACAAUAACUUGAAUGAAAGACAAGGAGGAGAAAAUGAAUACCAAGCUAUCCUAAGAGAGAUGAUUAUUUAGCAAGCUCAGAUUUAGAGAUACUCUAACACUCAUCACACUCAGCAUAGAUCAUCUAAUGUCACUCCUAAGACAAUCGUUUAAGCAUUGCCAGAGAGGAAAAUCAAUCAAGAGUUCCUACUAAGGCAAGAGGAUGAUACUAAUAAGAAAUGUAUGAUUUGCAUCAUGGACUAUGAAGAUGGAGAGGCAGUGAGAACAAUGCCAUGCCUUCACUUCUUCCAUACCGAUUGUAUUGAUAAAUGGCUUCUUUCUAGAGGUAGAACUUGCCCUAUUUGCAAGUUCGAUAUCAAGAGAAAUUACAACUAAUCGAUUCCGAUGGAAAAGACCAAGAGUUCACAUUAUUGA